CUACCUCCCUCCUUCUAUUGUACCCUUUGCCAGGACCGACUGCUGUGGUUGUGCUACCUGCAGCACACACACUCUCUCACACACUCUGCCUUAACCAUGGCCCGGCUGCACAUAGCUCUGCUGGCCUUGCUGCCCAUCUUCUUCAUCCUUACUGUGCUGUCUGAGGUAGAAAGUGCAGCAGUGAAGGAUGGAAAAGAAAAAGACAGUGAACACCAGGGACCAUCUAAGAAGGUUUUUGUGCCAGCAUCAGAUGCAUCAAACUUUUUCAAGCGUCGUGGUCGCAGGUCCCCAAAAUUAUAUGCAGAGUAUGUAGCGGAGCAUAAGAUGCAGGUGGCUGCCUCUGAGCGCAGGAGGGAGUACUACGAUGAACAGAGCAAUGAGUAUGAGAACCAUCUGGAGGAGAGCCGAAAUGAGCAGCGUGAAAGGAACCGGGAGAAUGCCGAGCAGUGGAGGGAGUAUCACUACGAUGGGAUCUACCCACACUACCCACAUCACCGCCCUUAUUACUGAGUGUCUCAUAUAGCCUUGCAUGGCUGAAGGUCACGCAAAGGGUUAGCAACUUUCACGUUGGAUGCUCACGGUUGGAUGUUUGUUUUUCCUGGAAUUGAUUUAAUCUGCACUUUAUAUAUACCUUGUAAGUGCAAUCUCAGAACAUGGUGAAUAUAUACUGCUUAUAAUCCAGUCUGAUUAUAUUCCUUCUUAACUUGCUUAAUUGCUUAUAAAAGCUACUUAUUUUUAAUUGUAAAGAUUUCAUAAUCAUUUUGUAUCCUUUAUAUAUGGUUAUAAUAAACAUACAUGGUGGA